AUACAACCUACCACCAGGAUAGUAAGCCCUUUCAGACCCACCCCGAAUAAAAGGCUAGCACAGCAUCGCCAUAGUCCCUCCUAAUCGGAGACGGAGAAUUUGCUCUUCUAUAUUUGUUCCUACCCCCACCAAACGCUGAAGCGGAACGACAAAAAUGGCAAACGCUGCAUCGGGAAUGGCAGUCAAUGAUGAAUGCAAGUUAAAGUUCUUGGAACUUAAGGCAAAAAGGACUUAUCGCUUCAUAGUUUACAAGAUUGAGGAGAAGCUGAAGCAAGUUGUUGUCGAAACACUUGGUGAGCCAGCCCAAAGCUACGAGGAUUUUGCCAAAAGUCUUCCUGCUAAUGAAUGUCGCUAUGCAGUAUAUGACUUUGAUUUUGUGACGGCAGAAAAUUGCCAGAAAAGCAGGAUCUUUUUCAUUGCAUGGUCGCCUGAUACAUCAAGGGUGAGAAGCAAGAUGAUAUAUGCAAGCUCCAAAGACAGAUUUAAGAGGGAACUAGAUGGAAUUCAGGUAGAGUUGCAAGCAACUGAUCCAACUGAGAUGGGUCUCGAUGUUAUUAGAAGCCGUUGCAGUGGAAUAUGAGCUAUAGGACUUGAAAUGGAGAGUUUUCUUCUCCAUGCAGUCUUCAUUGCUUGAGUGAAAUGUUUAUAGUUUGUGAGAUGGUGACUUGGUUAGAUGUGAUAUUGAUUUCCAAGUUCUACCAUACAGUUAGUUAUCUUGAACAACGUAUAUGGUUGCUGGUAUGCUGAUUUCCAAGUUCUACCAUACAGCCUUCCACUUAGUUUGUUUACAAAUUUAAAUUUGAUAUUGAACCCUUGUGAUCUGCUUUGGAAGCAUGCUUAUUAAGCAAAAUUUCCCCC